AUGAACCUGCCUCAUGAGCGGCUUGCACAAGUCGCAGGGCACAUACACAACUUCGAGAUGCCCGGUCUUGCUCGAAAGCUCCUGAUCUUCGCGGCAGUAGACGGCCUCUUCUUACAACCCGCUGGCCAGCGACAUUCAUCGAUCGAUGCUAGCGGCAUCAGACUGGAGUAUGGCAGUAACAAGAUCUCCCCAGGGUCAAAGAAAGACGACGGUGCAGACACAGGACUUGAAGUCCAUGGCAUUGUUGGCCUGCUGAAUCUCGUUUCCUCUUCCUAUCUCGUUGCCAUCACGAAGCGCGAACAAGUUGCUCAAAUCCGACAGAGACCCAUCUACAGAAUCACAGACGCGACCCUCAUCCCGCUCCACAACCGCGACGAAGCCCAGAAAUCUAUCAGUGCAGCGCAGAAACUGCUACAGCAGAGCGCUAAGAAUGACGAAGAGACGGAUAACGAAGGUGCUGACGAUGACGCCUCUUCGACCAUCUCGGUAGAUGAUGUGGACGAUGCGCCUGCCACAGCACAGAGAGAGGAUCCAGAGAGUGAAGCGAAGGCAUUAGAGCCGCCGAAGCCAGGCGCGCUGCAGAAGAGUGCGACGUUUGUGAAGGAUGUGGUUCAGGACAAGGGGAAAUAUGGCAGCCUUGCGAGUCAGUGGUUCACGAAGAAUGGCAGUAAGGAUGCGGUUACAAGGCAGCAGGGCUGGACAGAUGAUGUGAAGGAAGGGGACUUGACGAAGGAGCAGGAGAAGGAGAUGGUGCAGGCUUUGCCGGAGGGACAGGAUGCGGGAGGCAAGGAAGAGCAAAAGGAUAUCGAAGAAGGGAAGGGUUCGACAUCGCCUACGACUAAGGCGACCAAACAGCACAGCACCAUCGAGCAUUUGACGCCUCGAAUCUUGAGGAGCGCCAGACUGUACUACAGCUCGAGCGGCUUCUACUUCUCCUACGAUCACGACCUAUCGAACAGUCUGGCGCAGCGUAGCCGGUCACAAUCCGAUGUACCUUUGUGGAAGCGCUUUGAUCCGUUAUUCUUCUGGAACAGACACUUGACGAAGCCAUUUGUGGAUGCAGGACAAGACUCACUCGUGCUGCCAUUGCUACAAGGCUUUGUCGGUCAGCGAGCGUUCUCGAUUGAGCGCACAGCAGGCACAGACAGUGAUAUCGUUGCUGAAGCUGCGCAUGACGCUGCUGAGGUGAUAGAGCUGCAGAACACGAACAAGGAUGACAAGCGGGAUUCUCAAGGGACUAAGCAUGAUUUGCUGCUCACGAUCAUCUCGCGGAGAUCGGUCAAGCGUGCCGGUCUACGAUACCUACGGCGAGGUAUCGACGAUGAUGGUAACGUUGCGAACAAUGUUGAGACGGAGCAGAUUCUGUCAUCUCAAUCAUGGGACGAUUCAGAGAAGGCAUUCUCACUACUGCAAACCCGAGGGUCUAUCCCGCUCUUCUUCUCACAGAGUCCGUACAGCUUCAAACCGCUCCCGGUCAUGUUUGGCUCUGAGGCAACGAAUCAAGCUGCCUUCAAGAAACACUUCGAGGCUGUUAGCAAGCGAUAUGGUAACAUACAGUGCGCGUCGCUUAUUGACAAGCAUGGUACAGAGGCCAGCAUUGGUGAAGCGUACGAGAAUCAAGCAAAACUGUUGAACGAACAUGGUGGAGUAGAUGGCAACCAGAUCGGCUUCGAAUGGUUCGACUUCCACGGAGCGUGUAAAGGCAUGAAGUUCGAGAAUGUGCAGAUCCUCUUGGACUCGCUGCAAGGAAAGCUGAACUCUUUCGGCUGGAUCGUGAAGCAGAACGACCGCAACGUCCGACAACAGACGGGCAUACUUAGGACGAACUGCAUGGAUUGUCUCGAUCGGACGAACGUGACGCAGUCAGCUGUCGCCGGCUGGGCGCUGCAACAACAGCUGGAAGAGCUCGGUCUUAACAUCGACCUGAAAACCGACCCAAAGACGCACUGGUUCAAUACACUCUGGGCUGACAAUGGCGACGCGAUCUCGAAGCAAUACGCCGGUACUUCAGCACUGAAAGGCGACUUCACUCGAACACGGAAGCGGAACUGGACAGGCGCACUCUCAGACUUCAGCUUGACGCUCAACCGCUACUAUAACAACAUCUUUGGUGACUACUUCCUCCAAAUCAACAUCGAUUACUAUCUCGGUAAUGCCGGGCCUGCCAUCUUUGACGAUUUUGAGACGGACAUGAUGAGCCAGGACUAUGCUCUUGAUAUGAGACAUAUUCGACAGAACGCCAUCGACACGUGCAUCAAGAUCGUGUUGGAGGAUCCACAAGAGGAGCUGAAAGCUGGCUGGACGCUGAGUUGUCCGAGGACGAGUAAUACGCUGCGGUCAAUGCCGUUCGAGGAGUGCGUGCUACUCCUGACAGGCAAAGCUCUUUACUUCUGCCGCUUUGAUUGGGACACGGAGAAAGUUGGGAGUUUCGAGCGAGUUGACUUGCUUGAUUUGAAGGAGAUCUGGCGAGGCGCAUACAUCACGAGUGCACUUGGUGGCACACAUCUAGAUGAGGCGAGGAACACUGGCUUCGCACUACGAUACAACUCGAAAGGACCUACCGCUGUACGAACGAAUACACGAAGUUUAUCCGUCGCUGUAGACGCCGAUCACGCAGACGACACCCACGACACCCAUGACACCCACGACACCCACGAGACCAGCAACCGCUCCAAGAAAGACGACAAAGCCAUCAAAAACGCCACGAUCCGCAUUCUCGCCUUCAAAGCACUCCCUCCCAAAGCUGUCGCAGCCAAGGGCGAAACUGACCACUUAUCGUCCAUGACCGAGCAGGAGAUCAUGAAGCACAUCACGGACGAAAUUCACAAGGCGAUGGUGGAAGCGAUCAAGGUUGAUAGGGGGUUCCAGCAUAUUGAGACGGAUAAGCCGCCGGAGGUGCAGGAGAGGGAUGUUAUUAGUGUGGCGGAGGCGAAGAGGAGUACAGGGUACAUGGAGAGUUUGGGGUAUGGGUUUAAGAAGUUGAUUUGGAGUUGA